AUGGCAGCUGCGACGCCUUCUAGGAGUCGCCACCACGAUGUCUACCCUGGGACGCCGUCGACAGAGAAGAGGCGACUUAACGGCCUUUUCCAUCGGAACGAAUGGUGGUGCAACUGUGAUCCUCGAAAACGCGCCGUCGACCGCACAGUAACCAAAGCCACCCCUAACAAGGGAAAGCGCUUCUGGGCCUGUCCUCAUCCUCCUCCCGACGGAUGUGGGUUUUUCCUCUUUGCUCAUGAAGCAAGAGUGCGAGAGAUUGGUCUCACGCCCUCGUCAUCCAAUGAAGCAGUUGAUGAGCCCCCAGCAGCCACCACUCCAUCAAAGCAACCAACCUUGACGCAGACACGCCUCACCGAUAUUGGAGUCGAGAUCUAUAGAGACAGACGACGAAGAAGCGAUCCAGAGGCUGCGCUUACCGAAAAUGAAGACGAUGACGCAGACGCUGCGACUCAUCGUCAUCAAACCGUGAGCUCAUCACAGCCGGAAGCGGGACCAUCGUCAGACAAGGGCAAAGGGAAAGCCGCUGCUGAUCGACUCUUUACUUAUGAGCCUCUUACUCCUGGCCCUAGUGGUGGUCGGAAGCGGGGCCGCGAUGAGUUUGAAGAAGACCUCUUGAGCGACAUGGACUCUGAAGAAGAGCGGGAGCUCGCUACUAUGACAGACAGAAGCGCUCAGAGGUUUCUGCGCGUGGAGGUUUACAGCAACCAGCAAGUAGACGAUGGCGAAGACGAUGCGGCUGCGGGGCCAUCUCGGCCUAUCGCGCGCACGCUGUUCCCCCAGGCACAGGGUGCCAAGCGGCGCAAGUCGGUGUCAUUCGAAGAGCCAGAGCCAUCUGCUCCUACUUCUAGCAAGGCUACUACUAAUGACGCCGAAUCUGCACAGCCGCCUAGCACCAUGCAAAUGUCUCCUCCCAGCAGCAUGGAAGAGGCUGCCCCUUUUCCUUCGUCUGCAAUGACUGCCACCCAACAAAAUGACGGCGAUGAAGACAAAGAGAGUGGUGACAACGACAUUACUGAGCAAGUCAUGAGCCUUCUCCAAACUCAAUCCAUCGACUCCUCUGUUCUAGCGUCUGUUAACAAUCUGCUUGUCAUAUCCGCUCGUCGGACAAAGGGCCUCGCCAUGGGCCGAGACUCUGCUCGUGCGGCCGUAAUUGAGAAGAAGAUGAAGAUUGGGAGAUUACAGGAGAAGAUUGCCGCGCUUGAGAAUUCGGAGCGGUCGCUGAAUGGACAGAUUACGCAUAUGAAGGCUGGAUUGAUGAAGAUGUACGAGGCUAAUUGA